CCUUCAUCUAGCCACACUGCGGUUACACUGAUUUUCCCAUCCAUUCCAAGGGUUUUUAGCCCCCUCGCCCUCGCCCUGCCGCGCCGCAGCAAUGGCCGCCGCCGCCGCAGCCGCCGCGAGAUCCUUCCUCCGAUCCGGAUCCGCCACCUCCUCCCUCCGCGGCGCGGCCGCCAGGGCCGCCUCCCGCUCCGGGCCGGCGGCCCCCUCGAGGCGGCUCCUCUCCUCCCCUCCCCGCGCCCGCCUCGCCCUAAGGUCGCCGCUGGAGAUGAGCAGCGCCUGCUUGGAGUCGCUGAUGCCCAUGCACAGCGCCACGGCCUCGGCGCUCAUGACGUCGCUCCUCGCCGCCCCGGCUCGCGUCGGUUCCUGCUGGAUCUCCGAAGAUCAUUGAGAUCAGUGAGGAUGGAGGUCACGGAUGAAGAUGCAUGCUAUUUUUUACCAAUCGUAUUUCUUUUGCUUUAUCAAAUGCACAUGGCUGAGCAAAUCCUGUAACUUGGAUCCGUGUGAUGUUUUGCCUGAUAAUGCAAAUUAACAUCCUUAGCUUAUUACCUGGGAUACGUACGAUGAUUGUUAGCCGCAAUAAUACCAUGUAUGCUUUUUUUUUUCUAGCCAAAAAUAUUUGUUUGACACAUUUUAUAUCUCUAUAGACUUAUGAUGGGUGAGGACGGAGGUCUGGGAUGAAGAGACGCCCUGUUUAUUUUCGCCAGUAACUUUUAUGGUGUGAGUUGAAGAGCUGGAGCUUAGACUAUUCGUUUCUAUUUGUAGAUGAAUGAUCUCUUGUUGUGGGAGCCUGGUGUGACUGUUAUGGUAGCUGCUAAGGACCUCUCCCACUGAAUUUGAGCUACGUUUUUAAUCUGCCUUUCUUCUGGCUCUGUUCAGGGAUUUUGGUAUGUAUUAAGUGUCUGCAGGAUUAUAACAGAAUUUGGUGGCGUGCAAGAAAUAAUGUUCAGUUCA